CUUUAUUGACAGUUGACAAUAGCCGGCACAAUUACAUGUGUGAUCCAUGUUGAGAGCACAGCGACUGUUUGGGGGACUAAAGGAGGACGCGUGGCGUUAGAGAUGUUGUUGCUCAGGUGCAUUGUGGGAGAUCUGCGUGCAGCGGGGAGACUCCUCAGAGCUUUCCCCCCCGUCUCGGCGCCCCCCAGACCUCCUCCAAUCGCUCAGCGGCGUUCCCUCUCUCGCGGCGGGAACCAAUCGGCUUCCUCCGCCACACUGAAGCUGCGGACGCGCCUGGCGGUGACGCUGCUGGUCGGUGGCGGGCUGCUCGCCGCGUGGCGCUACGUCUACGCCGAGAAGCAGCAGAAGCUGCGGCGGCAGCGCGUGGAGCAGCUGCAGAAGGCGGCGCUCGGUCAGGGCGCCUUCAGCCUGCUGGACCACCACGGGCGGCGCCGCACCAAGGCCGACUUCCUGGGCAGCUGGGUGCUGCUGUACUUUGGCUUCACCCACUGUCCCGACAUCUGUCCCGAGGAGCUGGAGAAGCUGAGCUCCGUGGUGUCAGCGCUGGACGGGGACGCCUCUCUGGCGCCGGUGCAGCCCGUCUUCGUCACCGUGGACCCGGAGCGGGACGACGUGGCGGCGCUGGCGCGCUACGUGGCCGACUUCCACCCGCGCCUGCUGGCGCUGACGGGCACGGCCGAGGAGGUGAAAGCCGCGGGGCAGGACUACCGCGUGUACGCCAGCGCGGGGCCCAGGGACGAGGACGGGGACUACAUCGUGGACCACACGGUGCUGAUCUACCUGGUCAGCCCCGACGGGCUCUUCCUGGACUACUACAACCGCACCAAGAGCCAGGACCAGAUCACAGCCAGCGUCAGGAAGCACAUCCAGACCUACGUCGCGCUCGGGACACCGUAACCACGGCGAUCCACGGGCCUCAGGCACUGACCAGUCCUUCCACAAAAAUGCUUUGAGUUUUUUUGUGAUUGUUGCAGGCAAAAAUCCUUGAUUAUGCAGCAGGUUUUCUUAAAAAAUGCGAUG